AUGCAGCUUUCUUCCCGUUUGGUUCGCCUCAGUCGGUCCAGUUACUGUUUUGCGAUCCGAUCCGGUUCAUCAGCUCCGCCUUCUCCUCCGCAGCCCUCGCCUCAUGCUAUGAAUCAUCCAAAAAACCACCAGCGAACACCGGAGGACAAGCGCCUCGAAAACCAUUCCGGAAAAGAAUCGAUCUACAAAUUGGGAAAGCACCGAAGCAACGCUUUGGAACUGGUUCAUAAAAUUGCUCCCAUCGAAGUUGAUGGAGAAAUGGCAAUUUGCGACGGAGGUGGUGGUGCCUUGGGUCACCCUCUGGAAUACAUCUCUCUGGCCCGUCCCGGGACCGUUGAAUACUGCAAGUAUUGCGCUCUCCGGUACACUCAAAAACAGAAGUGAAGGCUAAGAUCACAUAGUUUUCUCUAAAAAGUAA